AUGUGCAUCGCAGACGUAGUCCAUUUCAUGUGCGGUAUCUGCAACACCCGUCUAGGAAAACCACGCCGCCGAAUCCUCGAACAAUGUUCUGCUACUACCUUUACCGACGACACCAAUUGCUCUCAGCCCCAACACUGUGGCGUCCUCUAUGAUACAGUUCCCGACCCGUCCGCUUCCGACCCGGCGCUCACCCCUUGGGGCCUCGAGUUUGAAGUCUUGAAGACGGCGCCGGGGUACACCCUCAUCGAACCACAGCACCGUCGUCCGAAGCCGAAAAUGGUUCAUUGCGAGCUACGUGUGGAUCACCUUGGUGAAAAGGAGGCAAAAGUCAGAGAGAAGUGGUGGAGGACAGAGACGAAGGCACUGGCGGGUACUAGGGAGAACAAGAGGCUCAUCCCAGGUCCUUCGACUGCAGGAUGGUCUGACAUCUUUCGAUGA